AUGAGGCGCCUCCGACGCCACCGGCUGCGGCAGCCUCGGGGCGUCCCUCCACCGUCCGGCAGCCAUGGUGGCCGCGAGCUGCUCCGGCCAGAUCCGCCUGCAGCGGCGUCCACACCGGUGCCCCCACCACCACCCAGUCCCGGCCGCCGUGACAGCGCCGACACCCCUCCGGCCGCCGCGGCGACGCCAGCGAAACCACCGCCGCAGCCGCUCUGCCGCCGAGCCCACAAGGCCCCGAGCCGCCGCACCCUCGCCGUCGCGUCGCCGUACCGGCCAGAUCCAACCUCAGAGGCGCCGGAUUCACUGCCUCCCCACGUCGGCCCGCUGUCUUCGCCUUCGGCCGCUGAGGUCGCCGUCGUCGGCUAUGCCCCAUCCUCCCCACGCUGA